GCAUUACACCACACCCACUUUCCCUCCAAUCUUUCUCGUUUCCCUAUUUUAUUACCACAAAAUAAAGAAAAUUAUCGGAGAUAAUCCAAAAAUCUCUUUGGUUUCCUCUUCUUUCUUGGGGUUUUCCUUUUUAAAAUUUUCCAGUACUGAUUAAUUUUUUUUUUUCUGUGGCUGUCUUUCAGUUUGUUCCCUGAGCAUCAUCAGUGGGUAUAACAGAGGAACAUUUAGUCCCUUGUUGGAUCCAGAGAGAUUCCUUUGGUUUCCUUCUCUGUUUUUUUUUCCUCUUUUGGUUUUUUUCCUCUGAAUCUGCAUUUUCCUUGGAGAAAUCUGAGAAAAGGAAAAGUGAGGGUUCUGUUUCUGUAGCUUCGGUGAACAAUUUGUGAAUAGAGAGAGAGAGGGCUUCUGGGUUAUGGACAAAGGCGUAGUUUUCUGUGUUGUGGAGCUUGUUCGGUCCUAAAUGAGAUAAGCCCACAAGUCUCUGGUUCUGUUCUGUGAUUCGUAGUUGCAGAAGGUUGGAUUUUUGAAAUUGCUCUGUCAAAUCAUCAAAAGGGUUUCUCUCUCUUUGUUUCUUCUGCUUUUCCCUUUUGUGUCAGGUGGAAUCUGGGAAUCUAGGUUCUGUAAAAAAGGAGCAUACUUUUGUUCUAGAUCCGUAGGUUUCUGUUCAAGUGGGACACUGAGGGUGUUGAUUCGUAUAUAAACAGAAAAGGGGGAAAACCCGGAAAUAAACCGUGGAUUCAAGUGGGUUUCUACAAAAGGAAAUGCUGCAAUUUCGGAGUUUUCUGAAUAUGGAAGGUGCUUCAUUCUUGUCGUGGUUCCAUGGUGGUUGCCGUUGAUGAUGGAGGAAGGAACACGUUAAGGCUUUUUGUCCAUAAAAGAAGAAGAAGCAAAGAGAACCCACAAAGAGUAGCAAAAAAAAGCCCCAUUGCCGGAGAUUCUUCUGUUUUGUUGUGGAUUCAAAACCCUUGAGAGAGGUUGUUUGUGAUCUUCAGACAUGGCUGCGAAGCUUCUGCAUAAAUUGGCAGAUGACAAUGCAGAUCUGCAGAAACAGAUCGGAUGUAUGAAUGGGUUUUUCCAGAUCUUUGAUCGCCACCAUGUUCUUACAGGCAGGCGGGCAUCCCACAAGAGGCUUACUUUAGGCAGUGCACAUGUCGACGGUGCUUAUGAUCAACAAAAAUCAUCGUUUCAGGAUCCUGAGAAACAAAGGCUGUCCACCGAAUCAUCGAGGCUCUCUUUCUCGUCCUCGUGUUCUUCCUCCCUCUCGUCUCCCGAUUUCAACAAAGGACCUCAACCCGAAGCUUCGACCUUUGACAAGAUCGCUUUCCCGGAAUCUCCUGCAAGAGAUAAUGUCACGAUGAUGAGCGAAAAAGGAAUUGGAUUACAUUCCCUUGACCUCCGAGAUGUCGUUAGAGAUUCUAUGUAUAGAGAAGCCAGAGGGCUUUCGGUUAAGACACCUAUGGCCCGAGAGGAAGUAGGACGCCGUUAUAACGAGGUUGGCACGAAGGAUGCACCUCGUCACUCUCUUGAUUCUCGGGAGACGAUGAAAUCAAGGCAGAAGCCGAAAGAGUUGCCUCGGCUUUCUUUGGACAGCAGAGAACGCUGUGUGAUGAGGAAUCCCGACAUCGAUCUUAAAGCAGGUCCGGUUUCCGAAAGUUUUAGCGGCGGCAGAACCGUGAAAAGACCGCCGAGUGUCGUUGCUAAGCUGAUGGGUUUGGAGGCGUUGCCUGGUUCUCCUUUGGCUAGAGAUAUUCGUCAGUUUAGUCCGAAGAAAAGCAGUUUGUUUGAAGAUAACUUCGACCCGUUCUCGAGAUCCUUGAGGGAGAAAAGCCUGAACUGUCCUAUCAGAUUUUCUCCCGGAUCCCCGAGAAGCUCGGGAAAGGAUCCGACAUCUCCAAGCUGGAGAAACGCGGAUUUUGUCAUGAAACCACUUUCGAGCUCCAGAUUUCCCGUCGAGCCUGCUCCAUGGAGGCAGCUCGAGAGAAACAGGCCGCCUCUGAAAAAGCAAGCUAGCAAGCCUGUGAAAGCUCGGUCACAGAUAACUAACUCUAACUCGUCUCCUUCUGUAUACAGCGAGAUGGAGAAAAGAUUGAAAGAUCUCGAGUUCAAGCACUCGGGGAAAGAUCUCCGAGCACUUAAACAGAUAUUAGAGGCAAUGCAGUCAAAGGGUUUCCUUGAGACUCGAAAACAAGGGCAGUCUCCAAACUUAGCAGCUCGAAGAGAUUACGAGAUGGCGAACUCUGCAACAUCAUCCAAGAUUCGAGGAGGCGUUUCCUCGUCUUCUUCAUCAUCAUCUGUCGAGGUAUUCGAAUCGCCAAUCGUAAUUAUGAAACCUGCCAAACUAGUUGAGAAAGCCGGUAUUCCUGCUUCAUCUCUGAUUCCAAUACAUAGUCUGUCUGGCCUCGGAAACAUCCAUAAUAGAGAAGAAAGAACUGUUGAUGAUAAAAGAGCUUCAACGGGUAACCGAGCAGGAAAAGAUCGGGUCAGCUCUACGGAUAAGAAAGCCAGUAGGAGAAACCUGAGUUCUUCAGCGAAACCUGAGCAAGUUUCUAAAGAGAAUGCAUCUAAGAGUUCAGGAUCGAUAAGCCCGAGGUUGCGGCAGAAGAAGCUCGAGAUUGAUAAGCGGUCACGACCACCGACCCCUCCAUCUGAUUCAAGAAGACAGUCAACCCGGAAACCCAUAGAAUCCACUUCUCCUGGUGGGAGACGCAGGCCAAAGGCUAACAAGAACUCGCAGCAAAACGAUGACCAACUGAGUCAAGUGAGCAACGAAUCUGAAACCGAAGCUGCAGGUAUUGGACAAGACAUUGAAGCUGACACCGGGAAAAGUCCGUCGUCGGCAAUUGAGGCAGCGAAAACCGUAGUUUCUAACUUAAUCCAGAACAAAUCUUGUUCAAGAUUCACCGAAGAUUCAUCUUCAGCAAAUCUUUCUGUAUCUGCGCCGGAAUAUCCAAGUCCUGUUUCGGUUCUCGACGCUUCAGUUUACAGAGAGAUUUCAUCGUCCCCUGUAAAAACGCAAAACACGACAGGCAAUGGGUCUAACGGCUGCGAGGAUCAGUGGAAUCCUGCGUACAGCUUUGCGGAGAACACCUCGGGAUUUUCUCCCGAGAUUAACCGGAAGAAACUUCGGAACGUCGAGCAUUUGGUUCAAAAGCUAAGAAGAUUGAACUCAAGCCACGAUGAAGCGAGCCAAGAUUACAUAGCCUCGCUCUGCGAGACCACGGGCCGUAACUCUGACCAUAGAUACAUCUCCGAGAUUCUAUUAGCCUCGGGUCUUCUCCUCAGAGACCUCGGCUCGGGAUUAACAACGUUUCAGCUACAUCCUUCUGGUCAUCCCAUCAAUCCCGAGCUUUUCCUCGUCCUCGAGCAAACGAAAGGAAGCAGCAAAACCAAGGCUCUGAACGAGGAGAAGCUCCACCGAAAGCUCAUGUUCGAUGCUGUGAACGAAAUCCUUGUGGAAAAACUUGCAUUCGUCGAGGCAGCCACCGAUCCGUGGACGGAAUCGGCUAAGAUGGCGAAAAAGGCGCUCAGCGCGCAACAGCUCCUGAAAGAACUCUGUUCCGAGAUUGAAACACUGCAGAGAAAAUCCAAGAAAAGAUCGGAGAACUUAGCUCUGGAGGAGGAGGAAGAAGACGAUUUCUUGAAGGGUGUUUUGUCCGAAGACGUGAUAGUUCGAUCCGGGAACUGGAGCGAAUUCAACAGCGAGAUUUCGGGUUUGGUUUUGGACAUUGAGAGGCUUCUCUUCAAGGAUCUUGUCGAUGAGAUCGUUCAUGGCGGAACUGGCCGUCUUCGAGCAAAGACGAGCAGAAGAAGAACACUCUUCUCAGGACAGUAGAAGAGUCUCUAAUGCAUACGAAGAAGGAAUGUUCUCUCUCUAACUGGACACGACUCUUUUCUUUUGUGUUCUGUUUUUUUUUUUGGUUUCACUUGAUUGCGCUGAUUCAUAUGUAAUGUUCGGUAAAAUUUGUUUUUUUUUUCUUAA